AUGCUAGAGGAGACCAAGAUAACCGGAGAUCACGUCGCCAACAUAACAGGCCGAAACUUUGCACUUGAUUCAGCAGCUGGGGAUCCAAUUCACCGCGGCAACUCGUACCUGAUGGUAAGCUACGACGCCGACGAGUUUCAGCCUGUGGUCGGUGGCCAAUCCCGCCAAGUUGCCGUAUACCUGGUGGCCGCCGAUGCUGAGAAGGAACAAUAA